AUGGGAAGACUCAUCAAGAAUCACCUCGCCCGUCUCAUCAUCCUCACUGCUGCUACCUACCAGAUAGCCGCUGGGAUUCAUGGAAUCUUCUGGCCUAAGAUUUUUUGGGACAUGUGGACAAAAACUCUAGAUGUGGCGGUUAAGCCUGCUCCAAUUCUCCAAAUCUUCAAUAUUCUAUUCGGAAUAAUGGGGGUUUGCUGGGAAUACCCACUACCGCUCAUUAUUCCCAACACUGCUUUCCACCGAAGUAUCGCUGCUAGACUUGCACUAUAUCCUCUCUCCAUCCUCGCCGCUGCUCUUCUCUACCAGGGAACAAACGCUGCGAUUUACUACCUUGUUGGGCUUGCUAUGUACUUUUGGGCUUACAGUGAAGGCGAGACUGUUUGCAUGCCAUGGAAGCUUCCUGAGCGUGCUAGGCCCGGUGCCAACAAGGCGUAA